UAUAAAGAAGCGUCCGCAAAUUUUUUCUUUAUAUAAUUAUUUUCUAAACUUCCUCAUAGUAUCAGAUCAUAUAUUAAACAGUUGGAUGGAGAAGUUAUAAAAAUGGCAAAAAUCAAUAUUACUUUAAUAAUAUAUUUACUUGGAAUUUUCAAUAAUUUUUUUAUUGUAAAAACAAAUCCAAUUGUUAAAACAUUAUCUGGAAAAAUUAAAGGAUAUUAUCAAAAAUCUUUUAAAGGAAGAGAAUUUAAAUCAUUUGAAGGAAUUCCAUAUGCUGAACCACCAGUUGGAGCUCUUCGUUUUCAGCCUCCAGAAAAUGUAUCACCAUGGGAUGGUGUUCUCCUUGCAGAACGACCAGAAUCAGAAUGUCUUCAACACUCACACAGAAUACAAAUUGGCCAAGACAUUGUUCAUGGUUCUGAAGAUUGUCUCUACUUGAAUAUUUAUGUUCCUACUGAUGAUGAUAAUUCAACAAAAUUAUUACCAGUACUAUUUUACAUACAUUCUGGUGCUUUUCAAUUUGGAAAUGGUCAUGAAAAUCGUCCAGAGUAUCUUAUGGAUAGAAAAGUAGUUUAUGUUACUAUUAAUUAUCGUCUAGGAAUGCUCGGAUUCCUAAGUACUGGUGAUGACGUGGUACCAGGUAACAUGGGUUUAAAAGAUCAAAAUUUAGCAUUACGUUGGAUAUCAGAUAAUAUUAAAUUUUUUGGUGGUGAUUCAGAGAAAAUUACUCUUGUUGGUUUAAGUGCUGGUGCUGCAAGUGUUCAUUAUCAUUAUUUAAGUCCAUUAAGUCGUGGAUUAUUUCAUGGAGGAAUAUCAUUGAGUGGUACUGCUCUUGAUUGUUGGACACAAACUGGAAAUUCUGAAGAAAAAACUAAAAAACUUGCUGAUAUUUUGGGCUGUCCUACUCAUAACACCAAAAGAAUGAUCAAGUGUUUAAUGACAAGACCAGCUAAAAGUAUCGUUCAACUUCUUAGAAAAUUUAUGCCAUGGCUUUACAAUCCUUAUACACCAUUUGGUCCAGUAGUUGAAAAAAAUUCAUCAAAACCAUUUAUUGAUCGUUCACCAAUUGAUAUAAUUGCAAGUGGUGAUGCUGCAAAUGUACCAUGGUUAACUUCUGUUACUUCAGAAGAGGGCCUUUAUCCAGGUGCUGAAUUUGUAACUCAUGAAAAACUCAUGACAGAGUUAAAUGAAAAUUGGGAUGAGAUUGCUCCACAUCUACUUGAUUAUAAUUAUACAAUUCCCAAGUCUAAACAGUCUGAAGUUUCAAAUAAAAUUAAAAAACAUUAUUUGGGUGAUGAAAAAAUUGGCAAUGAUACAGUUAAACCAUUAAUUCAACUUAUUGGUGAUAGAUUGUAUGUUGUGGAUGCUGUUAAAGCUGCUAAAAUGAUGGCUAAAACAAAUUCAGUUUGGUUUUAUCUGUAUAGCCAUAGAGGUCAAUACAGUUUGAGUGAUCUUUUUACAACUGCAAAGCAAAAUCUUGGUGCUAGCCAUGCUGAUGACAAUAUGCUGAUAGUUUAUUCACCUACUAAAAUAUUCAAUGCCACAGAUAUUAUUGUACAAAAUGUUUUACUUGAUAUUUGGGAGUCUUUUGCCACGACUGGUGUUCCUGAUGCUGGAAGUCAAUGGUUAAAAGUAGAUGAAUUAAGUGAUGCUAUUGAUUAUCUUCAAAUUGCCGGUCCAAAUAACGUAACAAUGAAAAAAAAUUCAAAUCUUGGAGAUGGAAAAUUUUGGCAAUCAAUUGAUUUUAAUGAAAAUAAAAUUAGUAGUAAUUUUUCAUAAAUUAUUCUAAAAUGCUUCACAUACAUUAGUUAAUAUUAA